AUGGAUUUAUCAUCAGUUCGACCAAUUUGGGUUGAAACAUUUAUGAAAGAAAUUGAUUUUAAUAAGAAACAAUUUUUGAAACAUAAGAAACUGAAAAAAAUCAAAUUCAAUUAUUUACCAGAACAAGUUCAAAUUUAUAUAAAUGAAACAAUACCUAAUUUACAACAACAAUAUAAAUUAAAUCCAUCAUUAGUUAAGUUCCCUGUAUGGGAUUCAUAUCAUCCAUUAAUUAAACUGUUUUUAGAAUUGACUGAAAUUCAAGAAGUUAUAUCAAAUUGUGAUAUUCAAAUAAUUACACUUUUAAAAUUUCCAUAUUUAAAUAAAGAAUUUCAUAAUAGAAUAACUAAUCUACAAUACUUGUCUUCCAAUUUUAAUAUAGAUGAUUUUGAAAAAUGGGAAAAGAAAUUAGAAUCAGACGAUGGAUAUGAACCAAAUAACGAAUUUAGAAUAAUUACUCCUCGAUCAUAUGAGAAAAAUGGUUUAAAGAAACAUUCAGAUUCAUUAUCUAUUCCUCCUUUAUGUAUUCAAUUACAUAAUAAUCAAGUUAAUGCUAAUACAAGAUUAGGUAAAUUUUUAUUCCCUCGUUAUUUUCCAAAUGAUAUUGUUAAAAAUGAUUACAUUGAUGUUUUAAAAUUUGAAGAUGUUAUUGAGUUAUUACAUAACAUUAGUGGGUAUAAUAAUUGGACUAAACGAUUCAAUCACAACACGUUAUACUUAAAAUGUGAUAAAUCAAAAGGUUAUUAUGAUUCAAAAGUACAUACAAAGAAAAUAAAUUGUCAAUGUGUUUUAAAAAUUCAUCGAGAUAAAAAAAAUGAAAAUGAAGGUGAAUGGUUUCUUGUUGAUUUUAAAUUUAAUCAUAAUCAUUGUUUAGGUAGUGAAAAAUUUAUAAAUUUUGGUCAAAAAUAUAAUGAAGAAGAACAAAAUGGAAAUAAUUUAGAUCAAAGUCAUCAAUUUAGAAUUGAAAAUGAAUUACUACAACAACAACAACACCAACAACAACAACAAGUCAUGUUUGAUACAAAUCAAUCAAAAGAAAAGAUAAAGGAGAUGUUGACUGAGAUUAAUAAUCUUUAUGAAAAUGUUUGUUUAAAUAAUGAUUUAAAUGAAGCUAAAGAAGUUUAUGGAAAUGUUGAAGAGUUAUUAGAGAAAUUGAAGAAUAGAAAUAUUAAUCCAGAUUUGGUAUUAAAUUUGGCUAAUUAG